CUCAACUGUCAAAGCGACAACCUGACGACAAGCCACUUGUGUCUAGCCAUAUUGCGCAGAAAUUAGCACGUGCAGCUCACACGGUUACCAGGGCUGGAGCAAAAAAGAAAUCACUCGACAUCUUCCACUUUGUGCCUCCUGGGUGGACAUCUCCAGUUGAAGGAGGGGAGAGAGGAGUACCAGAACCAAGCAUGAUGCCUCACUGUUGGCUUUCGGCAGCUCUGCUCUUGCUAUUCCAUGCCGCCUACAACGCCGCGCAAGACACCGUGGUUCAUAUUGAGCGCGUGCAGGUCGAGGACGACAAGUGUAUCUACGAUGAUGAAAAGUACCCCGACGGCGUGAGAGUCCAGAAGCUGGUGGGAUGGUGCGGUGAAAUUGAGUGCUACGCCCCGGGGAAAAUCGUGUACCUCUACUCGUGCCUCAUUCCGGAAGGGUGCGAGGAGCCAAAGGGAGGCACGUUCCCCGACUGCUGCAAUCAUCUCGUGUGCCACUGAUGAAGGAGAUGUCCAAUAAAAAGCUUGAAUGAAGGUGG